UCUCUGUUCUUCCUUCAUCUUCACAACAACCCCAAACACAGAUAAUUUCACAAGUUCCUGCCAUGGAAGUCCCAAAACAAGAAGCUCGAGUGGCACCGGCGCCUCCCAUCGUCGCCAUGUUGCCAUCACCUGGCAUGGGCCAUCUAAUCCCAAUGAUCGAGUUCGCAAAGCAAGUCGUCCGCUACCACAACCUCUCCGUCACCUUCGUUAUCCCCACCGACGCUCCACCUUCCAAGGCCCAAAUCGCCGUCCUCCAGGCCCUUCCCGACUCCAUCUCCCACACCUUCCUCCCUCAGGUCACUCUCUCCGACCUCCCGCCUGACACCAAGAUCGAAACCAUCAUGUCUUACGUCGUUCUCCGCUCCCUCCCUUCCCUCCGUCAAGCCUUCCAUUCUCUCUCCGCCACCCACACACUCGCAGCCCUCGUCGUCGACCUCUUCUCCACCGACGCCUUCGACGUUGCCGCCGAAUUCAACGCCUCCCCCUACGUCUUCUUCCCAUCCACCGCCACUGCCCUCUCCCUCUUUUUCCACCUCCAAACCCUUGACCAGGAGGUCCAGUGCGAGUACCGGGACCUCCCAGAACCGGUGAAAAUCCCCGGCUGCAUUCCGCUUCCCGGCAGGGAAUUACUCGACCCGGUUCAGGACCGAAAAGACGAGGCCUACAAGUGGGUCCUACACCACACGAAGAGGUAUAAAGAAGCCGAGGGAAUUAUCGAGAACAGCUUCACAGAGCUUGAACCGGGCGCCUGGAGCGAGUUGCAGAAGGAAACACCCGGAAGGCCGCCGGUUUACGCGGUGGGACCUUUGGUCAGAAUGGAAAAGGGCCAUGUGGAGUCGGAGUGUUUAAGGUGGUUAGACGAGCAGCCGCGUGGAAGCGUGUUGUUUGUGUCGUUCGGAAGCGCUGGAACCCUCUCGACUGCUCAGAUCAACGAGCUUGCUCACGGGCUGGAAGCGAGUGAGCAACGGUUCUUGUGGGUGGUGAAGAGCCCAAACGACAAAGUCGCCAACGCUGCUUAUUUCAGCGCGGAGACUGCGGCGGAUCCGUUUCACUUUUUACCCGAAGGAUUUGUGGAGAGAACGAAAGGCAGGGGUUUUGUGGUUCCCUCUUGGGCUCCUCAACCUCAGGUUCUGGCCCAUCCCUCCACCGCCGGAUUCUUGACCCAUUGUGGCUGGAACUCCGUUCUGGAGAGCGUGGUGAGCGGCGUGCCCUUCAUCGCAUGGCCUCUCUUCGCGGAGCAGAGGAUGAACGCCUUCAUGCUGACCCAAGAAGUGAAAGUGGCGCUGAGGCCCAAGGUUGGCGAUAAUGGGUUGGUGGAGAGAGAGGAAAUAAGUAGCGUUGUGAAGUCUCUGAUGGAAGGUGAAGAGGGUAAGAAGCUGCGUUACCGAAUGAAGGAUCUGAAGGACGCUGCUGCCAUGGCUCUGGCUGAAAACGGUUCCUCCACCAACCAUAUCUCCCAUUUGGCCCUCCUCUGGGCCAACAAAACUGCCGUAACACCACCACCUAAAAUUAAACUAAACCCUUCCUCCUCCUCCUCCUCCUCCACCAUCUCCCUGUAACUUAUUUUUAUUUUAAAUUAUAAAUAUGGCUGUAUUUUUUUCAUCUGAGUUGGAUAAAAUGGGUGAUAAAUAAAAAAAUAAUUGGGUACGGUGUGAAGUGUAAAAGUUAUAAUAAAAUUGAAUUUCACGUGGCGCUUCACAUCCCAAUGAUAACGACCAGGUAUGCUGGCCAAAAGGAACAGGGCCCCAGUGGACACAAAAUUCGUAGCUCCACCGUGACGAAUCGCAAUAUAUCCAAAACUAUUUGAACUUAGAAGGAGGAGGGUUCCAUGUGACAAACUUCCAAUGCCCACCAGAAUGAUUCAUUAUCAUUUUUUUACCUC